UUCUGUAGAGCACAAGGACUACAGCUUCUAGCAUUAUGUCAAAAGUGGGAGUCACCCAGCUGCAGAAGCGCCUCGACGGCUUGCUGGCAUUUCUCAGUCCUCACUGGGAUUUUGUUAAUUGCCACAUGGUGAACUACUUGACGGACCAACACUGGUCGGUCUUUCUUCCUGAAGGCUUGAGAAGGGAGAUCUCUGGCAAGGAGGAUGUGGAUUUGGCCAUAGAAUACUUGUUUUGGCAAAAUGAUGAACCAGUAGGAAGAUGCCCAGAAUGGAGGAGAUUCCUGGAAAAGGGUAAGCUGGAACGCCUCGCUCUUCAUCCGGAAUUGCUGACCAGCGUGGAAGAACUGCUUGAGGGACAGGAGAAUGCCGCACAGCUAAGCAUCCGGGAGUUUAUGAGCGCCAAGAAGUGUCACGAGGUGGAGCUAACAGCCGCUCUAGUGGACCAUCUCGUGAAGAACUCCAGCAAAGAUAGCUACAUUGUAGAUGCGGGCGAUGGCAAGGGCUACCUCUCCUCCCGCCUGGCCCUCCAGUAUGGCCACCGUGUGCUCGGCAUCGAUGCCAAUGCGGAGAACACACAGAACGCCCUUAGCCGCAAUCGCAAACUGCAGCGCGCUUGGAAUGGCCUCACGGAACGAGCUGAGCUGCAGAGCCAAGGAAUCACCCCCAAGAGGCGGGGUAAAAAGUCACCCACCAGGGACCCCACAAAGAGUGCUCCCGCCUUGGAAAACUACAAAACAACGGCCAGAUUUAUAACCACCGAACUUGAUUUUGGCGCCUUGCUGGCGGAACAUUUCCAUCAGUUAGCUGAAGAAGAUAGCCCCAAGAUUUGCCUGACCGGAUUGCACACCUGUGGGAAUCUAGCCGCCACCUGCCUGCAGGUUUUCCAUGCUCAAAAGGACUGCCGGUUGCUGUGUAACAUUGGCUGCUGCUAUCAUUUGCUGAGGGAACGCUACUCGAAGCAGGAAUUCUUUGGAAAUAAGGCUCUGAUGGACAUGCAAACGGACUACGGAUUCCCACUGAGUCAAUAUCUUCAAGAGCAGCAAGUGCGAAUGGGUCGCAAUGCUCGGAUGCUGGCGGCCCAGUCAAUAGAACGCACUUUGGAUGCCAAGGAGCUGCCAAAUGUAACACUCUACUAUCGAGCUCUUCUGGAGAUCCUGGUUUGCCGCCAUGCUCCGCAACUGAAGAACGAAUUGCAAGUUGGCAAGGUGCGGAAAUUUGAGAGCUUCCAGGAGUACAUUAAAAAAUGUGCCACAAAAUUGGAUGCUCCUUGGUUGGCAGCCAUAGAGGAAGAUGAACUUCAAUCCCUGCUCCAAGAGUAUGCCUUGGAUAAGCACUAUUUGGACCUGUUCUAUCUGUUACGCAUGUCCUUUGCUCCGGUACUGGAGAGUUUGAUUCUCCUCGAUCGUCUGCUCUACCUUAAGGAACUCGGCUAUGAAAGAAGCUAUCUAAUAGAUUUGUUUGAUCCCGUCAUAUCGCCCAGGCAUUUUGCAAUCGUUUCCAUAAAGCCACUGACGUAACGAUAUUGGCAAUGAAUGUCUCAAAAGAUUGACAGAAAAAUCCGGUUCUGCGUAGUCAUUAAUUUAUGAUAAGCAUGCAAUACUUUUGAUACUGUAUACGUAAUAUAUGCAGGUGUGAAACAUAAGCAAAACACUUUGUAAAUCUUAAAAAUUAAAACCUAAAAAAAACUGAGAUACUUUAAAAAUAUACUUUUUUUUAAUCAA